CCAGACAUCCAAAUCCAUCCCCCAGCCCCCCUUUCUAUUCCUCAUCCAUCCUCCUCUUUUUCUAUUCCCUUUGCUUCUGUGCUUCUUCUGCUUCUGCUUCUGCUUCUGCAACUGCAUCCCCUCCCUCUCUCUCUUCCUUCUCUUCGUCUUCAUCAACCAUUUCUUGAUCAUCCAUUUUCCAUUAUUACCCUCUUUUCACCUACCCCUUUGCAGCAGCUUCAAGUUUUGUAAUUGCAGCAACCAACAGUACACAUAACAAGAAGAAGACGACGACGAAGACAUUGGGUUUUUAAUUCCCUUUCUCUAUCUUCUUCUUCUUCUUCUUUCGAUUAAUUCUGGUUUUAUUUCAAAUCCCACUUCCUUUUUUUCAGUGCCCCUUUGGAUUGAUUCUGUCCUCUCCUCUCAUCUCCAAUUAGUGUUCAUCCCUUAUUCACUACCCUUUAUAUACACACACACUAUAUAUAGACUUAACAUAUAUAUAUAUAUAUAGAGAGAGAGAGAGAGAGAGAGAGAGUGAGAGAGAGAUUUGGUAUUGAUUUUGUGUUAUUUGAACCCAAAAAAUGCCCUUGGAAGGGAUUUUCUUGGAGCCCUCCUCAAAUUCAAAUUCAAAUUCAAGGCAAAUUCCUGAUCUUUCUCUCCAUAUUAGUCUCCCCAACUCAUCUCCCUCCUCCAGAAACGACGCCGUUUCCAGCAAGCCCAAGCACUACACCACCUCCUUCACUGAACUCUCCCUAGCUCACCCAUCCAACGGCGAGAUCGCCCUCCACAAUGGACGGCUGAGAUCUCACCCACCGCAGCAGCAACAAAACCCUUAUCCGUACCAGUUCACCAGCAGCCGCGCCGACGACUCUUCCCGGCCGCAGCCGAUCAAGGGCGUCCCGGUGUAUCCCAGCCGUCCGUUCCCCUUCCUCCGGGAGAAAGAUCCGACGGUCGUGGCUAGCCUCCAUCAGACGCCGUACCCUCUCUCCCCCAACUCACCUUACUUGAUGGGCUGCCUGGAUCACCACCUGCCGCUGCUCAGCCCGUGCCAUAGCCCUAGCCCCGCCGCCGCCGUCGCCGCCAGAUUUAGCGGAAUGUCGUACGGAUACGGCCACCAGUACCACCAAUACGCCACCCAUCAUCUUCCCCACGACGGCGCCGGCGGAAUCAUGAGGUCCAGAUUCCUCCCGAAGAUGCCGCCGGCGAAACGGAGCAUGAGAGCUCCCAGAAUGCGGUGGACGAGUACACUCCACGCGCGGUUCGUUCAUGCAGUCGAACUCCUCGGCGGCCAUGAAAGGGCGACACCAAAAUCAGUACUGGAACUGAUGGAUGUCAAAGAUCUCACUCUUGCUCAUGUCAAAAGCCAUCUGCAGAUGUAUCGGACUGUUAAAACCACUGAUAAACCUGCAGCUUCCUCAGACGGAUCUGCUGGGGAAGAUGACUUGUCAACACUAGGCAGCGGCAGCGGAGAUCGGGCCGGGCUACGGCAGUUCAUGGAUCAACGGGCCGGGCCGUCUUCUGAUGGAUCUUUCCAUCAUGAUAAUCAUGAUAAUAUCAACACUACACUGUGGAGCAACUCUUCCAGUAGUCGAGAGGGUUGGUUGGCGAGCAAUGACGGAGAAUCACAUAGCUUCAUUGGUUCAUCGAGCUCGGGCCAUCUAAUGAGGAAAACUCCAUCAAAUGAGCUAUGUAAUGUACAAUUCUGAUCAUUACAGAACCCGUCGAAAAGUCAUGGAUCCGACAAAGGAGUCGAAGAAUCGAAGAAGACCGAUUAGCUAAUAUAUAGAUAUAUAUAUAUAAAAACAGCUCGAAUGGAUCAAGGGUUUUGAAGGCUUAUUUUCCUGGAGUUUUAAUUUACUGUUAUGUGAAGUAAAAAAAUGUGAAAGAUC